AGAGUCAUUUCACAGAGGACCCCACAGUACAUGGUUCCAUAAGGGAAGAACCUCUAUUUAUAAGCGCCUCUUCACUCCCCUCCCUCCAUGUCUCAUUCUCAUCCAUCAAACUACAAAACAUCAUCAACACCAUCUUCUUCUCUUCUUAAGAUCAACACCUCCUAACACACACUUUGUGAUUUCUCUGUCAAAUCUCCAGGAAAGAGAGGGAAUAGUGCUGUUAGGUUGCGAUGAUGGCUUGUGGCUUAAGCAAGAGCCUUGGCUUCUCUUCCUCGUUGAAGAAGCAGCAAGGCAUAGUGACUAUCCUUGGUGGCGGCGAGUGUGACAUUUCGUCGAACACUUUAGCUGCACCUUCACUGAGGAGGACUUUCUCUGCUGAUUUGUCCUCCAAGACUUGGCUUUCGCAGAACGGGUAUGCUCCUCCUAUGAAGAGAAUCUCUUCCUCGGAGAAGCUCCGUGCCCACUCAUUGAGCUCCGACGAUGGGGAAGAAGAGCAAGGAGGAUCAAGAUCCGAAUUCGAUAUAUGGGCUCAGAUUCAAGAAGACAAGAAUAACAAGGAGGAGGAGAAGAUCGAGCCUGGCCAAUCCGAUGUAUGGAGUUCGAUUUUAUCGGACAAGAAGAAGACGGAAUCGAGCAACGAAACGGUUCCUCCUCCACCGUAUGUUCACCCGCUGAUGAAACGCGCCAGCUCCUUGAGCGAGAAAAGCCUCGAGAUUUGCACUGAGAGUCUCGGAUCCGAGACGGGUUGCGAAGGAUUCUCUUCGUAUGCAUCGUCGGAGAAUGGGGAUGCUGAAACCGAGAAAGAAAUUAGCAACCAGGAGGAGGCGAAACUCGUUCUCAACGAGACGGCGACCAAGGAGGAAGAAGAAACAGAUGCUGAGGCUGAAUUUGAGGUUGAGCAAGAGUCGAUCACAGUUCCAAAUCACACAAGCAGCAUCGAGCUGCCUCGAGGAUCGUUUCCUCCUCCGAUUCGUCCUCUCUCGAGCCAAUCGGGUUCGUCUCUGCACAUGAAAACUCGCCGCGACAACGGCCGAUUGGUCGUCGAGGCUGUCUCUAUGCCGUCGCACAACAACUUCGACGCCAAGCGCCAAAACGGACGCCUCCUCCUCACUUUUUCUGAAAUCAGCAACGAAGUUGACAUCGGAAUCGACAAAGAAGAGGAGACUGAUUCGGAGGUUCAGUGGUUCGACGAAGAAGAAGAGGAGGAGGAAGAGGAAGAAGAAGAAGAGGAGGAUGGAGCAGAAGACGUGUUUGCCUACAAGCCCAAUGGGCUUCUGUAUAAGCUGGCACAAAAGCCAAUUGGUCCUAUAACUGUUCAUAGGUUGGCCCAUAAGCCUAUUGGAGUACCAAAGAGAAACUCGAGAUGGCCCGUGAUAGAUGAAUACGACACCAAAUCCGAUCUGUCCACGCCGGUAGUCCACUCUCUGCCACCAAGGCCAAGGGUGGCUCAGCUCGCUCGGUCAACAAAACCGCCUUCCACGGUGGAUGACACCGUGGGAGCUGCUUGCUUCAACACAUGUGACUACUACUGGAAGCCCACUAACACUGAAACUUUUGGUCCAAACACAAAAACCCAAUUUCAAGCCCAAAACUUAAUCCACAAAUCAAUCGGCGUUGGGCAUGAAGGUUGGAUAAAUGGCUGCAAGGAACGAAGGAGGUCCCUUUUGUCCGUUGAGCCUUUCUGCAUUGCCACUUGAUGAGUUUAUACCCUACCAAAAAGGCGUAAUUUACAAGAAGCAUAAGCAUAUGAUAUUUAUCUAUCUGUGUGUAUAUAUAUGCGAGUAUGUAUACUCGAAUAUAUAUGCAUAUUAACCCAAUAAUUGUUGUUGUUGUUGCCGAUGGUUUUUCUACCUUAUUUUUUCCUCUAUAUGUUUUACCACUUGCCUUUUUGGUUUGUGGGCAUAAAGAAAAUUAAAAAAAAAAUGUAAUAAAGAAUCAAGAGUAGGAGGAGAGGGAAGAAGUGAGGAGUGGAAGUUAGAAAAGUAAUUAAAUUGUUUCUAAUGAGGUUAGAGACCUCGUUGGAGUAAGAAAUAUUUAUGAUGAGUGUUGUGUUUUGUACAAA